AUGGAGGAGCAAUUUUAAAAUCCUAAACAUCCGUUAGAUUUGUCUAUUCAAGACUUAAGCGAAAUCAAAUUAUUAUUUGAUUAAGCAAAAUUAUAAGCAUGUUCAAAAAAUAAUUAUGACAUAGGAGUUAGUCUUGAUGUAUAAAUUAAGUUAAGUAUUAUCUUAAAAACUAAAAAUAAAUCCAAAAUUUAUUAAAAAAACAUUAGAACAAAUAUUAUAUUCAAAUAAAAUAAACUGGAAUCAAUUUGA